AUGGUACUUGACAGCCUAUCUUCCCCUCAUAGGAUAUCAUCUCUUCGGAAAGGAUUCCCCAAGGAAGAACUUGGCAGCUGGUCAACGCUCCUGAACAGACACCGAUUCCUGCUGACAGCUUUGACUCUGUUGGCCUUUCUAUGCACCAUCUACCUCUACUUCGCCAUUACACUAGGCGCCACCGCUGCGGCAGGAUCAUGUUCUGGGAUGUCCGGGAAAGAAAAGGCGUUGUGCCAUUUAGAGCAUGCUAAGACCUCUGUGACUACGGGGAAACUGAAAUUUUACUGA